CUCUGACCACCAACAGCAUCUCUGCAGCUGGCACACACAACAUAAGGUUUCAAUGGCUUCAAACAGUCUGUUCAGCAGUACCAGCCCCAUGCUGUACUGGGAACCUGUGGUGAAGCGAAGGCCAACAUCACCCACCAACCGCCAAGCAGACAAGCAGGAGGUGAGGUCUCAUCAACAGCGCAGCACAGCACCACCCAGAGGCCUAGUACAGACUGACAGUCCAAACUUCCUCUGCAGCAGUCUGCCACCACACUGGAGGUGUAACAAGACUCUGCCAAGAGCCUUUACUGUGGUUGCCCUUGGUAAUGAUGUACCAGAUGGUGUGGUUGUCACAGUGAUGGCAGGCAAUGAAGACAACAGCAGCGCUGAGCUUCGCAAUGCAACAGCGACCAUGAAACAAGGAUAUGCCCACUUCAAUGACCUCCGCUUCAUAGGUCGCAGUGGAAGAGGGAAGAGUUUCACAAUUUCCAUCAAUGUGCUGACCUCACCCCCUCAGAUUGCCACCUUACACAGAGCCAUCAAGGUGACUGUGGAUGGACAGCGGCUGCCACGACGACAGCGGCAGAAGGAAAUGAAGUCAGGAGUGUACAGGUCAUCCAGCAGCAGCAGCAGCACUCCAUCAUCAGAUUGUAGAUCCUUCUCCUCCUCUCUGUGGACCAGUGAGCCAUCUUUCCUAGGUCAGGUAACCUCACUGGCCUCUUCAUUCACUCCAAGUCCUAGAAUGCACCACCUACCUGCCCUCCCCUAUUCUACCCAGCCCAGUCCAUACAGCUCCUACCUGUCCUCUCCUCCUCCUCCUCCUCCUCCCCCCCCUCCACUGAGCCACAGUGGUCCAUUCCAACCAGGCUGCUUCUACUACGGACCGAACCAACAGCACCAAACUGCAGGGGAGGACCGCAGCCUCGUCACAGCACUGUCUAAUUAUAUCGAAGGGGCAUGUCUAUCCAUGAGAGGGGAGGAGCCUGUCUGGAGGCCGUACUAAUGAUUGGAUGUGUUGUGUUAAAUUAUCUGUGAUUUGUUUUCUGACUAUUAACCAUGUGUAAAAAUUUGUCUUUGAAAUUCACCGGUCAGAAAUUUUAACUUCUUUGUAAUGCAGUAGAAACGUCUCUUUUUAUUGCCCUCUUUUAUUAUUGAAUUCCCUUAAAUUAUUACCCAAUAAUUAAUACAUCUUUGCAAACGUUUCGUUUAACAAACAAUUAAAAAAAUACAAUGAAAUGUGCAUUUUACAGUUUCCCAUCUGUUACAGUUUAUUUGGCAGUCAGCAUCUAUAAGAGUUUAUUGCAGCAAGAGUGUAUAAAACAUCGGAGGUCACUUCACAAUCACAACAUAAAAAGUAUUUCUCAUUAAACAACAAAACAAUUUACCCUGAAUGUUGAGUGUUCAAACUACCUCUAAAACUAUCAUAU